GCAUGUUAGGAAAGAAAAAGCUAUAGAUUGGGAACUUGGAUAUGCAAUGACCAUUCAUACCAUUGGUCGUAUAGAAUAUUUGAGCCAACUUAUUCAAAUUGAAGGUCCCUCAUUACCUCCUAAAAUUGAAGAUGCAAAAAAUAAGAAAGCUAUCGAACAUUCAUUAAGACCAUUUAUUUCUAAAAAACUCGUAGGAUAUAUAGAUCAAGAUAAGAAAAAAGGUUAUGAAUUUGACUUAUCUGUUGAUUAUAUCCUUGUAUUAAAAGAUUUGCAAAAAAAUAAAUGUAAAUUAUGCCUCAAUGAAAUGUUGUGGGAAUGGGAUGAAGCUGGAAAUUCUGAUCAAUAG